GAACAAAACUCCCUCCCUCGCAGCCUCCCAGCACUUGCAAUGACGGAGAGUUUGCCUGAAGAGGCUAUGGGGAUUGCAGCGAGUGAAGAUGCGGAGCAAAGCGCUGGCGAAGCUCAUAAUCGCAGCUUCACAGUGGUGCUCAUGUCAGGCCGCCAGCAGGAGGUGUCGUGUAGCAACCUGGCCGACGUGGCCUCCCUGGAAGAGCGGCUGGCGCGGGAGUUCGGGUUGAAGACCUCCCAGGCGUGUCGUCUACUAGAUGCAGAGGGCAACCCCUUGUCCAGCAGCACGCGAAUAAAGGAGAUCUGGUGCGACCAGCUGAUGGCUAUUGUUUUUACAAGCUUCCGCUUUAACCGCACCCGGCCGGAGAACUUUACUACCCUCUCUGUGUCCAACUUCGGCAACAUGUCCGACAAGUACAUGACGGUGUCUGAAGAUGGGCGUGUGGCUUGCAACGAGAAGCAGGAGGAUGGCAGAGUCGAGUUCACCUCGUGCGUCAGCCCCGACCAAUUGCCCGUGAAGCUCCGAAUCUUGAUGCCGGACAGUAGCGGCUAUUCGCAUUACUUCUACGUGUACGCAGGAUCCCACAACGCGGCCGUGGAAGCCAACCAGGAGGGCGAGUAUUCGGUGACCGUCUCCAAAGACUCGCUGGCAGCACAAAGAGGCAGCGGCGCAGAGCCUACGUCAUCGCCACUUCCGCCAGAAAUGCAGGACCUGCCAUUGCACCUUGGCAUCUACCUUUACUCGAAGGGCAGCGCCAUGCUCGUCGCACAGGCCAAAGAGUGGGCAGCUGCCCUGUCUCUGCUGGCUUCAGUGAAGGCGCCGGACCGGGGUCUGCUGGGGGCGGCGCUGGUGGCCUGCGAGCGAAGCGCGGCCUGGCGCGCCGCCGCGCGGCUGCUGGGCGACGCUGCCAGGCGGCGCUUGCCGUGCGAUGCCGUGGCCUACGGCACGGUGGCCAUGGCCUGCGAGCGGACCUCUCACUGGCGUCGGAGCUCACGGCUGCUGGCGGGCUUAGCGCCAGAACACCUGGUGCCGGCCUUCAACACUGCCAUGCAGGGCUGCAGCUGGCGCCGGGCCCAGGAGCUUCUCUGGCAGCUGGCGCGCCAGACGCCGCCGGAUGUCAUCUCCUACAACACUGUGAUCAGCAGCUGCGCCAGUGCGCAUCAGUGGCAGUUGGCCCUGCUCCACUUCCGGCGCUUGCUCCGACAGGGGCCGCGACCUAGCGCUGUCUCCUUCAGCUCCGCCAUUGCUGCGUGCAGCAAAGGGGCGCAGUGGGUGCAGGCCUUUGCCCUGUUGCAGCAGUCGGAGGCCAAAAACCUGCUGAACGACAUCACUUUGGCCACGUGCCUGAGUGCGUGUGUGCGAGCUCGGCAAUGGCAACAUGCUGCACGCCUUCUGCAGAAACAGAGCAGGCAAGCGCCCGGCUCCGUGCUUCUUCCUGUAAUGCAGGGCCUGGCUGCAAGCAGCAACUGGCAGGAGGCACUGCACCUACAGCGCCAGAGUACUUCGGCGGAGGCCAGCUGCGCAGCGCUGGUUGCCUGCGCCGCAGUGGGCCUUUGGAGGUUGGCCAUCGCCCUUUUGGAUGAGCCACCCCGGCGCAGAUUGGAGCCGUUUGAAUGGCCUUGCUUGGCAUGCCAUGCAGGGUGCACUUUCACGGGCUGGACGCUGGCGCGAGGAUGUGCAUUCCGGCUGCAGGUGGAUGCUGAUGUGACGAACUUUCUGACAGCUGUAGCUGCGGGCGCCCUGGACAACUGCUGGCAACCCUUCCAGGGCUACGGCGUCCCUUACUCAGCGCAGCAUGUUGCACUGUAG